AUGACUAGCUUAAAACGUAAGUUAGGUGACAUUUGCUCUGUCUGUAGUUCCAGAAUUGAAACUUUUCAAAUUAAUUUAGAUUGUGAAAUAGAAAUGUGUUCAAAUUUACAGUGUUUUCUACCAUUUAAUCUACCAGCAACUUCCUUUAUUUAUAAUGUACCAUUCGAUAAACAUAAAUGGUUUAUUAAUGUCAAUAGUCCACAAUUAUCUAGUUUUACAACACCUAAACAUUCUGAAUCGUUUACAACAGCAAACACUGAAUGCGCUAAAUCUCCAAAGAAGGCCAAAUCAGCCUUAGUUGAUCCUUCUCAACCAUCAAAGGCGACAACGAAGAGCAAUAAAAAAAUGAUUAAACCUCCUAAAAUAACCAGUGCAGUCCAAGCGAUGCCCACUCCUACUCCUCCUAACCCUGAAGAACAACAAAUAAAUUCAGCACAGCUUGAUCUAGAUAAUAUCCCUAAUAUUUUAGACUUUUUAGCUUCACCUAUUUCUGUAGAGACACCGUUUGAUAUCACUAAAGAUAUCCAUUUUAUUGAUACAGUAGGUACUACAGAAGAAAAUAAAAAUACAAUAUCAAGUAACAAAAAAGAUAUCGGUUAUCAUUCACCUAAAUCAACUACAGCAAAUAAUAUAAAUUCAACAACACAAUUUGAUCCGGUUAUUACACAGCUUUUAGAUCAGUUUUCAGAUAUUACUCAACAUGCUCCUCCAUCUGUUGUACCAAAGCCGUCGCCAGCUUUUCCUUCCAAUCUUGCCUUACCGCCUCUUUCUGCUGCAAGGACAGUUGUACAAAAGCAAUCUUCUACUAAUUACUCAAUAUCAGAAUUAGAAAAAUUCCUUCAUGACAUAUAA